AUGGAUAUUGAUCCGGUAGAGUAUAAGGAACGUCAAAAGGAGGCUGACAUUCUAAGGCAGGUUGCCUUUCUUGGUGUGUCGGCAGCAAUAAUAGCAACAUUAUUUUCAAUUUUAUCUAUACCAUUACUUUAUAAUUAUCUUCAACAAAUUCAUUCACAAAUGCAGCAUGAAGUAGAAUUUUGUAAACAAAGGACAGGCAAUAUUUGGAAAGAGGUUGGAAGAGCACAAGUAAUAGCUGGAGUAGAUGACAAUACAGCAUUUUUCUUGGAAAGGAUACCAAGACAGGCUGGAUAUGAUAUUCCCCCUCCAGGGGCAACUGUUGGCCCUUCAGCUGCUACACCAGGCUCUAUCCAGGGUCAUCAAGCCGCAUCAGCAGCACCGUUACCAGCCGCCCCAUCAAGUGGUGCCCCAAAAAUACCAGCCUCUACAUUAACUGCUUCUACAUCAAGAUAUGCUUCACCAUCCUCUGCUGCUCCAGCUUCUUCUGGCCCUUCGUCCGCAGUACCAUCUUCUUCCGGCUAUCAAAGACAAGGAACAUUCGGAGCUGGAGGAGGUGCUCCAGCUGGUGCUGGACCUUCAAGUCAAGGUACUGGAGCUGUUCCAACUUCUAGUCCUGUUGCUACUCCAGGAGCUGGUCCAACUACUGUUACUCCAGGAGCUGGUCCAACUUAUGCUACGCCAGGAGCUGGUCCAACUACCGCCACUCCAGGAGGCAGUCCAACUUAUGCUACUCCAGGAGCUGGUCCAACUACCGCCACUCCAGGAGGCAGUCCAACUUAUGCUACACCGGGAGCUGGCCCAACUUAUGCUACAGGCACAACUCCAACAGCAGGUGCAGGAACUAUCCCAGCGCAAGGCUCCAGUCCAGGCGGGGGCCGAGGAACUGGAGCAGGAUCAGCAACUGGCCCGGGACCAACUUCAGGUCCCGGACAAGGCGCAGCCAAGCCAGGACCAGUUGGAACAGGUGCGGGAACUGCUGGAGCAAGACCUGGCGCACUGCCUUCAACACGUCAACCAGUGUCACCUGUAAGAGGCGGUGGACGCUCGGGUGGUGGAGGAGGAGGAUGUUGUGGUUGUGGCGAGAGUCCACCUGGCCCUCCUGGUCCUCCUGGAACGCCUGGAAAUGAUGGAGCUCCAGGAGAACAAGGUCAACCAGGCAAAAAUGGACCUGAUGCGCCUCCUCCGGCUCCUGCACCUCAAGUCGAAUUCUGUCAAAACUGUCCUCCUGGUACAGCUGGACCGCCAGGACCACCAGGACCAAAGGGUCCAGCAGGUGCUGCUGGAGCAGCUGGUAAAGAUGCAGAUGGUGGGAUUCGUGGUAAUCCUGGACCGCCAGGACCUCCCGGCCCUCCUGGAUCACCUGGCUCUACUGGAGAUGCCGGAACUCCUGGGCAGCCUGGAACACUUAAAGAAGUACCUGGCAAACCCGGACCUCCUGGUCCACCAGGAGCCCCUGGCCCCGCAGGAACUGAUGGACAACCAGGCAAUCCUGGCAAAAAUGGAACUGAUGGAAAGGAAGGGCCACCUGGAGAGACAGGACCGCCUGGCUCACCAGGAAAGCCUGGUAGUGACGGUGAAGCUGGUCCUCAAGGAAGCCAAGGCUCUGGGUUUUGGAAGUUGUGA